UUUUUUUUUAAUUAUUUAUUUAUUUAUUUAUUUAUCUUCUUUUUCCAUUUAUUUAUUGUUUAAUAUGUCUUUGGCUAAAUCCUUUGCUCAAUUAAAUAUUCAGACUCGUAGCUACGUUUCUCUUCGUACUCUUCACCCCAAAAAGUUCACAAGUAUUUUAUCAAAUGUUCCUGCUAAACCCCGUAGUGCUUGGCAAAUCUUUCUCCGUGAAAACAUUUCAGAUUUAAAGAAUUCUAAUGAAAAAGUUGAUAUUAGAUCAGUUACUAAAGAAUUAAGUGCUAAAUGGAAAGCACUUGGUGACGGUGAAAAACAGAUUUAUCAACAAAAAUUUCAACAAGAAUCAAAGGCUCAUUUAGAUGCCUACCAUGCGGCUAUUAACAAUGCUUCAUCUGAAGAACUUCGUCGAGAAAAUGUAUUAAGAAAGAAGUAUAAAUUAAAUCUUUUAAAGGAUCCUAGACAGCCUAAACGUCCAAUGAGUGCCUUUUUGUAUUUCAUUGAACAUCUUCGUGCUACCAAUGACCCUCUUAUUAAGGAUGCUCGUGUUUCAACUCAAGCAGUUGAAGCUGCAAAGAGAUUUAGGCAAUUAAGUGAAAGUGAAGCAAAGGUUUUCAGGGAUAAAGCAGAAGCCGCUAAACAGCAAUACCGUAUUGAUAACGAAAAAUUUUUAAAUGCUUCAAACGCUUAAAUGAUAAUAAUAAAAUUGAUUUCUUUUUAAGUAUUUAAAA